CGUCCUCCAAGCAACAACAGUCGGUCGAAAUCCGCGUUCUGAACCUUCUGCCUAAAAUCUCCACUGCGCGCCUCCCUGUAAGGUUACCUCAUCCUGCCGGUGGGCGACGACGCGAAACUCGUAUCGGUUGGAAGGUUUGCUUGUUCUCGUUGCACGGAUGCAACCAACUCGAGAGAAGUGCGGGACGCGGUUACUGUGGGAUCAGAAUCGUGCUCUACAGAGCAGCAGCUGUUUUUCCUCUGCCUGACUGCCUGCGCCAGUUUGUCUAGCUAGUUGCCUUCACCAUUCUACACGGUUGAAAUUCUCGAAAUCCGUACGGCACGGAAUCGGUCCGGGGAACCGUGCAGCCCACCGUCGCCGACUGGGUGUACAUGUGGCUUGGCAGGCAGCAGUUAUGCAAGCGCGUGACUUGAACGUUUUGUGAAGGAAAACUUCGUCAGUUCCCAGACUAGCGUCCGAGUGCCACCCCUCUAAAACAUACCCAACCCGCGAAAAUUGCAACCAUCGUCGGUGCUAACAUCCAGCGAUAGUACAUUAGAAAGUGGAUGGCCUGCUUUUUGGCUGUUGACCAGUGAAUGGGGAAGGGGUAGUAGCGGAUGACGACAAGGUGUAUGUGUGUAUGUUUUACGUGCAGGGUACAGUGCGGUGCGGGGAUCCCACCGGAAGAAAAACGAAAAAGCUGUGAAUCUACUGCAGAAUAUGCUUAGUGGACGGCUUUUCCGCUAGGCCUGCCACAACAACAAGAAGUAGCAAUUGUAGCGAGCAAGAAAGCGAAAAAAAAAACCUUUAAUAAAACCCAGCGUAACGUGAAGUAUUUCAUUACCCAAAACAUUUCGGGGGUAACUUUGGCAAGCGAACGAUCAAAACUUUUUCAUGCCACGUGCAAAGGAUAACGCAAAGUGAAAUACAUACAAAAUUCAAUGCAGCCGUCGCACUACUGGCUACACCUGGGCGCACGAGGCAGGAAACCCGUGGAGAGUCAAGUGGCCGACAAACCGAAAAAAGCAAAAGUGAAUCCAGUGCUAUAAUGAAGAGAAGAAAAUUAAUGAAUCGAAAAUUAUGAAAUCCAAUAAUAAUAAAUUGUGUGAAACAGCCUGGCGUAAAGAAUCUAUUUCAGUGAAUUUAUUUGCUCGCAGGAAGCACCGUUGUUUGAAAGGAAACGGAUAAAGCGAAGGAAAAAUUCUUCGUCAAAGUGGCUCCUAGGCGUAAAGAAUGCCGUGGGUGGUGGUACCAAAGGUGAAAAACGAAGAAGACGUACGAUGGCUUUUGCCAGGUCCAUCUACCACUAUCACCAGCAGCAGCAGUAGCAGCAAAAAUGAUUCGUACCGGCUAGUGUCCGACGGCUGAGCGUCGGUACCGUAUGGAAUUUCUAGUCUUCAAGCCGGUGCAAAUAUGAGUGGCAGUGUUCUUCUCGGUGUAAGUAGCAGUGCAGCGUUCCGAGAAAAAUGCCACUCGCGCCUACAACAUAGUACGAUACUGCUAUCCUUCUAUGCGUUAACGAUCGUCAUGGGCUAGGAGUAUACCGAACAGGUUUUUUCCCAACUUUACCCGUACUUAAUUGAGUGUAAAUGCAAACUGUGAAAUAAAGCUAGGAAGAAGAUUGAAGCAAAUAAUUGCAGAGAAAGGAAGCAGUCUGUGACCUGAGGAAAGAGUGCGAAAAAAAUUUGUGCAGUGCAAAGGUUGAUUGUACGAGGGCAAAUAACAACUAGACCGGUUAUGUAUAGAAUUGCUCCCACCGAUUAUGAAGUGAAAAUUACAUGUUUUGAAGAAAGAAAAACACUGUUACAGCGGUGAUAUCAUCACCAGAGGAUUUCGUUCGACUUUCGAAGAGGUUGCGCCGGAGGGUUAUUUUCCCCUAUCACCAUUCUAUCCGAAACUCAAUUUAACUUAUCACAAACAGCGAUCUUCCACUUGUAUGCGAAAACCGAUAUCAAGUCAAUUUUACACAGGCCAAUACUGUCCGAAAAUCUCUAUCUCUCAAAAAGCCAAUAAAAUUGCAAUCCAGUAUGUCACAGCGGUGACAUUUGACGAAGAGUUCUCGAAAACCAGCCUAAACAGAGAAAGAGACCACACAAAGUGUCAGCGUGACAACAGGCUGUGAACACAAAACAUCACAAAAAAACAGCGAAAGCAAAUCGAAAACCCAUAUAUACAGAACCACAAUCCGACAUACAGAAGACCACCAACAAAACACAUACACACACGGACAGUCCAGGCACGCGAGGUGUGCAAUAAAAUAAUUAGCACGCGGGGGAUUUGAGUCAUGGGGCUGCAGGCGGCCUCCAGUGCCGCGUUACUGACAGCCUUCGCUAGCGGCCUGCUCCUGACAUGGAUUUCGCCGUAUGCACUGGCGUCACAUGGGAAUUUCUCCGAUUUUCCCUUCAUCUAUCUGACACAUCCACCGGAGAUCAUCAGGAAGCCAUCGAACCAGGGCGUCAGAGUUGGCGGCGUGGCAACGUUUUUCUGCGGUGCAAGAGGUGACCCCCAGCCGAAUAUUGUGUGGCGGAAGAAUGGCAAGAAGAUUAUGGGUACUCAAUCGCGAUAUUCGGUGAUCGAAUCCAACGGAGUCUCGAUGCUGCGUAUCGAACCGGUCCGUGCCGGACGAGAUGAUGCCCCGUACGAGUGCAUGGCGGAAAAUGGAGUCGGGGAUGCAGUUUCCGCUGAAGCAACCCUAACGGUCUAUGAACCUGACAAAACACCCGCGGGUUUUCCUGUCAUCACUCAGAGCCCAACGACGCGCGUAAUUGAAAUUGGCCAUACGGCCGUGAUGCAAUGUAAGGCAACCGGAGCGCCGCCGCCGAAGAUCUAUUGGAUCAAGGACAUGAAACGUGUCGACAUGACCAAUCCCCGCUACAGUAUAAACAGUGAAGGGAGCCUUCAAAUAGACAACAGCGAGGAAAGUGACAUGGGUCGGUACGAAUGCGUGGCAGAGAACUCUGUCGGCACGGAACACACUAAGCAGACGAAUCUGUACGUGAAAGUACGUCGAGUUCCACCGACCUUCUCUCGUCCACCGGAACCCAUCUACGAGGUAAUGCUAGGAGGUAACCUAACGCUGACCUGCGUUGCGGUUGGAUCACCCAUGCCAUACGUCAAAUGGCGUCAGGGAAUUGACCACGAUUUGACACCAGAGAACGAUGUCCCGGUCGGACGAAAUAUCCUGGAGCUGAGUGACAUACGCCAUAGCACCAAUUACACAUGUGUCGCGUCCUCGACUCUCGGUGUCAUUGAGGCAACAACGUUGGUUAAGGUACAAUCGCUGCCAGCGGCACCCACUGACGUAACGAUAUCGGAGGUAACCGCAACCCAAGUUCGCUUAGAGUGGUCGUACAAGGGACCCGAAGAUUUGCAAUACUACGUUAUCCAGUACAAGCCGAAGAAUGCCAAUCAGGCAUUCAGUGAAAUCAGCGGUAUUAUUACCAUGUUCUACGUCGUACGGACGCUGAGUCCGUACACAGAGUAUGAGUUUUAUGUGAUCGCUGUGAACAAUAUCGGUAGAGGGCCGCCCUCGCUGCCAGCCACGUGUACCACCGGAGAAACAGGCGAUUCUGCCUAUGGAGGUUCCAAGAUGGAAAGUGCACCGAGGAGCAUUCAAGUGCGCCCGUUAAGUUCAUCGACAAUGGUUAUCACUUGGGAGCCACCUGAGACGCCUAAUGGACAAGUGACGGGCUACAAAGUGUAUUAUACUACCAGUCCGAACCAGCCGGAAGCGUCCUGGGAGUCGCAGAUGGUGGACAACAGCGAAUUGACGACCAUCUCGGAACUGACGCCACACGCAAUCUACACCAUCCGGGUUCAGGCGUUUACCUCGAUGGGUGCCGGUCCGAUGUCCAACCCGGUGCAAGUCAAAACACAGCAAGGCGUUCCCUCCCAGCCAAGUAACUUCCGGGCUACCGAUAUUGGCGAAACAGCUGUCACUCUCCAGUGGUCCCGGCCGACCCACUCGGGCGAGAACAUCGUACACUACGAAUUGUACUGGAAUGACACCUAUGCAAACGAGCAGCAUCAUCAACGCAUCCCGAACACAGAAACCUACACUUUGAGCAGUCUGUAUCCGGACACGCUGUACUACUUUUGGUUGGCGGCACGUUCCCAGCGUGGCGAAGGAGCCACUACUCCGCCGAUUCCUGUUCGCACCAAGCAAUACGUACCUGGUGCACCACCACGUAAUAUAACUGUUGAAGCUACCAGUCCAACGACGAUCAACGUGUCCUGGUUGCCGCCUCCGGUGGAGCGCUCGAACGGGGCCAUUGUGUACUAUAAAGUGUUUUUCGUCGAGGAUGGCCGCUCCGACAGCGAGGCAACGGUAACCACCCUCAAUUCCACCAGUCUCGUGCUGGACGAGCUGAAACGCUGGACCGAAUACAAGAUCUGGGUGCUCGCCGGGACCACCGUCGGUGACGGGCCCCGCUCCUAUCCGGUCACUGUUAGAACCCACGAAGACGUGCCCGGAGAUCCACAGGAAGUUAAAGCCACACCGGUUAACUCCACAACCAUACACGUUUCGUGGAAACCCCCGAAGGAGAAAAACCGCAACGGAAUCAUCCGCGGGUACCACAUUCAUGUGCAGGAAAUGCGCGAUGAGGGCAAAGGACUGCUGAACGAACCGAUGAAGUUCGACGUGGUGGAUGCGCUCGAGUAUAACGUUACAGGACUGCAGCCGGAUACCAAGUAUUCGGUACAGGUAGCGGCACUAACACGAAAAGGCGAUGGUGAUCGUAGCGCUCAAAUCAGCAUUAAAACCCCGGGAGGUGUACCGAUACGACCUACAGUCAACUUGAAGAUUCUAGAGCGGGAUCCAACAGUAUCAAUCGAGCUGGAAUGGGAACGACCCAAGCAAACCUAUGGGGAACUGCGUGGUUACAGAGUCAAGUGGGGUGUUCGCGAACAACCUUUGACGGAAGAAACUAUGCUAGGACCGCACACUACAACCAAACGAAUCAACGAUCUGGAGCGAGGUGUAGAAUAUGAAUUUAGAGUGGCUGGUAUGAAUCAUAUUGGAAUUGGACAAGAAGCCGUGAAGUACCUUCAAACGCCGGAAGGAGUGCCCACCGGUGCUCCAACAGUAAUUAUAGUACGCUUCCAAACUCCAGACGUGGUAUGCAUCACCUGGGAACCUCCGAUAAGAGAACACCGUAAUGGACAAAUAACACGAUACGAUGUGCAGUUCCAUAAAAAGAUAGACCAUGGCUUAGGGACAGAGAGAAAUACCACAAUCAGGAAAGCUGUGUUCACCAACCUGGAAGAAAGCACAGAAUACGUUGUGCGAGUGCGAUCCUACACGAAACAAGGAGCUGGACCAUUCAGCGAAAAGAAAAUUAUUGCUACCGAGCGAGACAUGGGACGUACACCGCUUUCGGUUCAAGCUGUAGCCACAUCAGAGCAGACAGUAGAAGUUUGGUGGGAACCGGUCCCAUCGCGUGGUAAACUGGUUGGGUAUAAGAUUUUCUAUACCAUGACAGCAGUUGAGGAUCUGGACGAAUGGCAGACCAAAGUAGUCGGUGUUACCGAGUCUGCCGAUCUUCUAAAUUUAGAAAAAUUUGCUCAAUACGCUAUAGCGAUCGCUGCCCUGUACAAAAAUGGACCUGGUCGAUUGAGUGAAAAAGUCACCGUCAAAGUGAAACCUGAAGACGUUCCGUUGAAUCUAAGAGCACAUGACGUGAGCACUCAUUCCAUGACUCUGAAUUGGGCACCCCCAAUUCGACUGAAUCCCAUCAACUACAAAAUAUCGUUCGAUGCUGUGAAGGAAUUUGUCGAUUCGCAAGGUAUUCCACAGAAACAAGUUAUACCCAAACGAGAGAUCGUCCUGAAGAGUCAUGUGACCUCUCACACGAUUGGCGAACUAUCACCGUUUACAACGUAUUUUGUAAAUGUGAGCGCGAUCCCAACAGAUUACUCAUACAAACCACCAACAAAAAUCACCGUCACAACUCAAAUGGCUGCUCCUCAGCCGAUGGUACAACCUGAUUUCUACGGCGUUGUGAACGGUGAAGAGAUACAGGUCAUUCUACCACAGGCUUCGGAGGAGUAUGGACCGAUCUCUCACUAUUAUCUAAUCGUGGUCCCCGAGGACAAAUCCAACUUGCACAAACUACCAGAUCAAUUUUUAACCGAAGACUUGCUGCCCAGUAAAACACGAUCAGUUGUCGUUAACGCACCAUACAUCGCUGCCAUGUUCCUCCAGCGGAACAUCCCGUACACCUUCCACCUGGGAUCCGGUGAAUCAAAUCACAAUUUCACGAAUAGAAAACUGGAACGAGGCAAACGAUACCGUAUAUUCGUGCGAGCCGUCGUCGAUACGCCACAAAAACAUCUGUACACUUCAAGCCCGUUCUCGGAGUUCCUGGCUCUAGACAUGAAAGAAGCGCCCACCGGUGAACCACCGCACAGACCAAACCCAAACGUACCCCAAGAUCCGGAGAUCCUGAUACGUGGCAAAAACGAGGAACCAGGAAUGAUAUGGGUAAUUGGUCCUAUCAUCGCCGCCUUGGUGUUGUCAUCAUGUCUCAUAGUAUUCUACUUCGUGCGUCGCCGGAGGCAGCCCUACAAAACGCCAGAUCAGGCAGCUGUUACUCGGCCGCUGAUGGCCGCCGAUUUAGGAGCCGGUCCUGCACCGACUGAUCCCGUCGACAUGCGUCGACUCAACUUCCAAACACCGGGCAUGAUCAGUCACCCACCAAUUCCGAUAUCGGAAUUAGCAAAUCACGUAGAACGUCUAAAAUCUAACGACAACCUUAAAUUCUCCCAGGAGUACGAAAGUAUAGAACCAGGCCAGCAGUUCACAUGGGACCAUUCAAACAUGGAAGUGAACAAACCAAAAAAUCGGUACGCCAACGUUACCUCCUACGAUCAUAGCCGCGUAAUUUUGCAGCCAAUUGAAGGCGUUCCGGGCUCAGAUUAUAUAAACGCAAACUACUGCGAUGGAUACAGGAAGCACAAUGCAUAUGUGGCAACGCAGGGUCCACUGCAGGAAACGUUUGGCGAUUUUUGGCGCAUGUGUUGGGAGCUCAAAUCAUCCACCAUCGUAAUGAUGACCCGGCUUGAGGAACGAUCGCGUAUCAAAUGCGACAUGUACUGGCCAGCACGAGGCACCGAAGUGUAUGGUGUGAUGACCGUGACAAUCACCGAAACUCAGGAAUUAGCAACAUACAGUAUAAGAACUUUCCAAAUUUGUCGCAGUGGCAGUAAUGAGCGACGAGAGAUGAAGCAGUUGCAGUUUACGGCCUGGCCUGACCAUGGCGUUCCCGAUCAUCCGGCUCCGUUCCUUCAAUUCCUGAAACGCACCAAAGCUUUAACCCCACCCGAUUCCGGGCCAAUUAUCGUGCACUGUUCGGCAGGUGUUGGAAGAACCGGUUGCUACAUCGUGAUAGAUUCAAUGCUGGAACGGAUGCGCCACGAGAAAAUGAUUGAUAUCUACGGACAUGUGACCUGUUUACGAGCUCAACGAAACUACAUGGUGCAGACGGAAGAUCAAUACAUUUUCAUCCAUGACGCCCUACUGGAAGCAGUUAUCUGUGGAAACACCGAAGUUCCUGCCAGAAGCUUGCACAAUCAUAUCCAAAAGCUAAUGCAAACAGAACCGGGAGAAAACAUCACGGGCAUGGAAAUGGAAUUCAAGAAACUGUCCAACGUGAAAGCCGAUUCUUCGCGCUUCGUGACAGCAAACUUGCCGUGCAAUAAACAUAAGAACCGUCUGGUUCACAUACUGCCAUACGAAGCAUCGCGGGUUUGCCUGACACCAAUCCGAGGUGUGGAGGGGAGUGAUUACAUUAAUGCUAGUUUUGUUGAUGGCUAUCGAUAUCGGAAUGCCUAUAUCGCUGCCCAGGGACCGCUGCAGGAAACUGCCGAAGAUUUCUGGCGAAUGCUCUGGGAACACAACUCUACCAUUGUUGUGAUGUUGACUAAACUGAAGGAGAUGGGACGAGAAAAAUGCUUCCAGUAUUGGCCGCACGAGCGUUCGGUUCGCUACCAGUACUACGUUGUGGAUCCGAUCGCCGAGUACAACAUGCCACAGUACAAACUGCGUGAGUUUAAAGUAACCGAUGCACGAGACGGUUCUUCACGCACGGUUCGUCAGUUCCAGUUCAUUGACUGGCCAGAACAGGGCGUUCCGAAAUCUGGUGAAGGCUUCAUUGACUUUAUCGGUCAGGUGCACAAAACGAAGGAACAGUUCGGACAGGAUGGUCCCAUUACGGUGCACUGUAGCGCCGGUGUAGGCCGAACCGGUGUGUUUAUCUCACUGAGCAUAGUGUUGGAACGAAUGCAGUACGAGGGCGUGCUGGACGUGUUCCAGACGGUGCGGAUACUGCGAUCGCAACGACCGGCAAUGGUUCAAACAGAGGAUCAGUACCAGUUCUGCUACCGAGCCGCGCUCGAAUAUCUGGGUUCGUUUGAUCAUUACGCCAACUAAAUCUAGGCAGAGGAAGCACAAAGCAAAAAUUUAAAAGAUAAAACAAAACCAGCCACAGGAUGCAAUAUAUGAUAGCACAUUGAUACCUAAAUCGUGAAAAGAUGGAACAAUCGCCAGUAGUUCAGAGACAAUUGUAGUGUACGACAUAAGUGAGAAAAUCAUUCCAGUAACGAUGGAACAUCAGGCAUGCAAUUCAUUGCCCAUCAUCAUCACAUAAGCAUACAUUUCAAAUAUUAGAGCAACGUUCAAUACUAUUCAGUCCAUAAGGAGAAAGUAGCAUUUCGCUGGAAAAACCAUGCAUCAUCAACAAUAAUAGUUCGCUGGAUACGCAAUCCGUUAGCGUAAGUUAAUAAACGGAUGAAAUGGUGGUAAUUCUAAAUAAAGCUCUCUAGAGAAGACUUUUUUUACACAACGGUGACUGCACCGUCGAUAUCAAUCAUCAUCAUCAAGCACUGAGUGCAACUCAACUAUCGAAUGGUCAUCUCAUUCUACCGGCAUCAUCUAUUUGGUCAAUCAAAAUUACUAGCAUUAAAGAAACACACUCUUUUCGAUCGCGAUCUAAUGUAUUUUAAAUUAAACUAGAGCAAAAUUUGUCGUUAAACGAUCCUAACAAAAACCAAACCAAACAACCAUAGUUAGAAUGAAAUCUAUAGCGAAUCGAUAAAUGAAUACCAGAGACGUAGAGUCAGGACUUUUAGAUAAAUUCUAACCGAACAAACAUUGUAAACAAUUUUUCAGGAUAUAAAGUUACUAAUUACUUAACGAAAGUGGAUAAGAACAGCAAAAAAAAAAACAGAAGGGACGGCCAAACUUUGAAUUAUUACGACAAAAAAAGCAUCAGCUUUUGUAUAAACCGGACGAACAGAAGAAAGCGCUUUACAUUUAAGCUACUGUGCGUUAUGGUGAAGAUGUGUGCGUUAAGUUGAUGGCAAGUCACCUAUUUUUAUAAGGAGCAACACGUCGCACGAAGUUAAGGACGCAACGGACGUAUUGCAUCGUUGCGUCUAGUGUUUCGUUCUAUUGAAGCAGCAAAGUGAGUUAAAAUUCAUCAGACUGAUAUUGUAAAUUGUAAAACACUAAUUGUAGAAAGUUUGAAAGAGCAGUACUUCAUAGGUAUCGAAAAAAUAUGUAUAUGCUAAUAAAGAAAAGAAAACCAGAUAUAUUAGACAAGUUGACCUGUUUGAAUGAUGUGCAAAAUAUAAUAGAACGAAUCUCUGAAAGAAGCAGCUUGAUUAAGAUAUAUAGGUGAAUUUAAAUGCCGUAGAGCAACAGUAACAAACCAUUAAUAUCACGACGUAGACUUGUAAACAGCUAUAUAGUUUAGGUUUAUACUACACACGAAAGGUGGCUAUACGUAAGCCAACAAAAAAGCGCACCAGAGCUGUGCAUCACAAUCAACCGUUUUACAGCAUUCGUGUUUAGUUAAGUAGCCGUGCGACCGUUCCGUUGCUUUUUUGCUCUCCUUCGAUUUAGGUUAACUUUGGACGUAAUAAGUUAUACUUAAUCGCAACGUAUAGUGCAUCAUAUACUUGAUACCAUCGUAGAAACUUUUUCGUAAGCGUCAUAGAUCCAAUUAGGCAGCAUACAACCACAGGCCCUAGAAAAUGUUAGCUAAGUGCAUGUCCGUGAAAAUUCAUUGGUGGUAAAGCUACGUCCAGAUAUAUAUUGAAACAGUUUUACAAAAGCGUCUGAGUCGGAACAUACAGGUUACUUUUUUUUUAACGUGUGAUGAUCUAUAAACAUUCAUAUCAGGCAAACACGCCGGACCGAAGCAAGAUUAACUACAACGAGUACAAUAGGUCUCUCCUAGGUUGAAGCACCACCGCUCAAAGUUGCUCUGCGACUGUAUAAAUUUUUCCUUUCACAUUUUCAUAGAAGAUCCCUACGAUGUUAUGCUUAUCUUUCUAAUCCACACGCAACGUAAGGCAAUAGAUUUGAAAUAGCAGAGGCGAUCGCAAGGUGAAUCUGUAGCAGCUUUUGGAAGUAUUACGGCAUCUUGCAAAGAGAGAAAAAUAAAAAUUUGUCAAAUUCAACGCCAUAGUGAAGCACCAAUACAAUAGUUGUUCAAAUGCACGCCAUGAAGCAUUUAGUUCUAUGCAACACCAAUAAACGUGGUAAACUUGAUUGUGUUAGUAAUUUAAUGCCCGCAAAUGUGUCAUCACUAUAUUGAUUAAUUAAUAAUCACCAAGCGAUUAGUUUGUACUGGAAAUGUGUAAUAUUAAGCAAGGGCAACAACCGAACUAUAUUCGAUAUGCACGUAGCAAACAAUUAGUGGCAAGUAAUAUUAAUCUUUAAGUAUACUAUAUAUUGAGUGGGAUUUGAGUUGAAGACGUUAAAGACAGAGAAACUUUUUACCACAGUAAUAUACGUGAAUGCUGAUAAAUAUUUUAGGUUGUGUGUGCGCAGUAAAAAUGCUUAGACUCGUUGAAAAUGACCGCGCAAAUUUUCUCUCACCACAAUCUUCCUAACCCUGUCGCUCUCAUCACUCGAUUAAGUUAUGUAAGUUGUAACUUUCUUCCCACAAACAGACACACACAUACUAUAUUGUUAACUAGCGCAGCUAUUAAUCAACUAAACAGCAACAUUACGAGGCCAUAAAGAUUUUUCAAACAGGACUGUUUUUUUCCUUAUCUUAGACAUUGUUUAGUAAGAGAUUUUAAUAUUUGUACUUUUUAAACCCAAUAUUCCGUUGACGAUCAUACCGUUAAUUCAAGUGGUAUUAAGUUUUAUCAUUCCAUCCGAGAAACGUGUUUCGUACUCAUUUACUAGUAACGUUAAGACUCGGCAGACAGCUGUUCUCCUCAACAACCGAAAAGCGAUCUUCCCUUCAUUUGCAUUCUCUUCGUACCGGGUAUUCCCCUGUUUUACAAAUCCUACCCACAGAACACACCUUAACGAUGUUACUCGAACUGAUUAGUUAUAUUGUGCACCUAUAUUCAUUAUGUUUCUAACAUUUCACAUUAGUUAUUCGAUUGUUUAGUCCGUUAACACAGACACAACAAAACCAACUAUACUAGCAAUGGAAUUUCAAUUCACAUGUACAGAUCUACUCAGCACGAGGCUCGCAGGAGAAAAUAGUUACAGGAUGAAGUUAUAGAAACACCGAGAAAACAACCACAGAGGUGAAGUUUUUUUGCACUACACACAAACUUUAUUUGUUGAAAUAUAAAGCGAAAAGAGAGAAGAUGUUAUUUUUUCGGACAAGCAAACACAAUUACCUUUAAUACUCUGCAGAGCAAAGUUAGGCGUAAAAUAUUUUUGUAUGGAUGCGACCGAUUGGACUUUGUAUAGGAAGAAAUCAUAAACUCAAACUCAAAAAAGCAAGAACGCAAUCGUUAAGCGCAGAACAAAAGAAAAAACUCUGACUGGAUAAACGAGAGAGAAUAGCGAUCUGAGUGUGGUAUAGUUGAAGGAAGCGCGUCACUCAGUUGCAUACUGUAUAGCAAAACAAAAACUACAGAAAGUCUAUCAAUUUCACUUUUCUUUUGGGUAAAAAUAGUGAAGGAGAACAAUACAGAAUAAAAAUUGAUUGAUUGUCAAAAGUAAUUAGGUGAAAUAAACAUUAAAAAUAAUUGAG